CAAGCUCCCAGCCGUGCCCGGCGCUCUGGGCAGGAUCGGCCGAUAACGGGAGGAAAUGACGGAGGGUCACCUCAGCGCCACCCAGGCCCCGUCGCCGAGGGGGCCCGCUCGCCGGAGCGGCGGCGGCCACAGCCGGGACCCCGCCGGCCGCUAACGGCCCGUUUCCCCGCGGGGUGAGGGGACGGACCCCCACCACCGGCCUGACCCCGCAGCUGUCGGCGGGGAGGGGGUGCGGGGCCCAGAUCUGCUAAAUCUAUUCCAAAGCCAAGGGUGGACGACCAGUACAAGGAAAGUGUUGCUUCUUUAAAUGGACAUCUGCUCUUGCGGUAUGGCUCAGAUAUCCAGUAGCAAUGGAUUUAAACAGUGCUCCUCACCUUCUUUGGCAGCCGCCAGGUCAAAAGAUGUGGACAAAGAAGAGGCGUUGCAGAUGGAAGCUGAGGCGUUAGCUAAGAUGCAGAAAGAAAGAGGUGUAGCUGGUAAUAAACAAACUUUUCAUUCUUUAAGCAGCACCAGACAAAAAGCGCAGACUCAUAACAAACAGGACCAUGAUCUCAUGGUGUUUCCAGAGUCUGAUGCCAAGAGCAUGGAAGAUAAACUAAGUACCAUUGACAUAGAGAAGCUUACUCAUGCUGAACUAGAGAAACUGCUGCUGGAUGACAGUUUUGAAUCUAGUAAAGUACCCAUGUUACCAGUGAGUCCUAUUUUGAGCCCAUGUGUGUCUUCGCAAUUUUAUCUUGGGCCUACGGGUCAGAGAAGACAGUGGACGCCUGGGAUACCAGCACCUGUGACAUGCACUUUACCUCCUAUUUACCCCUCAGCUUCUUACACAAAACAGACUGGUGUAUUUCAAAAUGGAUUCCAUCCAAAUAUGUCCUCCUAUUACUCUAGAGAGCCUAUUUAUCUUGGUCUUCCAAGACAGUCGCAAUACAUUUCGUACCCGUUGGCAGCUACCACACCUUUUCAUCCACAAGGAAGCCUACCUGUAUAUCCUCCAGUACUCACACCAGAAAUGGCAAAAGUAUUUGACAAAAUUGCAAGCACCUCAGAAUUUCUGAAAAAUGGGAAGUCAAGCACGGACUUAGAAAUGACUGCCAUAAAGUCUGCAGUUUCUAACCUACCCUCCUCAGAAAGCUGCAGGGAUGUUAGUAAAUUUGAUUGGUUAGAUUUGGAUCCCCUAAGUAAACCAAAAGUGGAUAGUGUGGAGACUUUAAAUAAGACAGAGAAUGAUGGAGAGAGGGUUUCAAGUAUGACUGCUGAAGAUCCAUGGGAUGCUGUGCUGUUAAAAGAAAAGCUGUUAGUAACUUGUCAUCUGGAAAGAAAAGUUAAUGGGAAAUCUUCUGGAGCAACAGUUACAAGGAGCCAGUCCUUAAACAUGCGAACAACUCAACUUGCAAAGUUACAGGGCCAAACAUCACAGAAAGACAAUGGGACCACUGGCAUGCUGACAGAAAACGUGCUUCUCCAAGAAAUUGAAGGGCAGAAUCAAGAACUGUCAGCUUUUUCUCAAGCAGUUGCGAAACUGAGGACCAAGUUUCCUUAUGCUAAUCAGAAAACAAAUCCAGGCUUUGUGCUGAGUCCAGUCAUGCUGCAAAGAAAUAUAAGUGGGGAGAGUGCCAGUAUCAAGGUUUCUAUAGAAAUCGAAGAAUUCCAGCAACCAGUAACUUUUACGUGUGAUGUGAGUUCCCCUGUUGAGCUUAUAAUAAUGCAGGCACUUUGCUGGGUACACGAUGACUUGAACGAAGUGGACAUUGGCAGCUAUAUCCUGAAAGUCUGUGGCCAAGAAGAAGUUUUACAGAAUAAGCACUGUGUAGGAAGUCAUGAGUAUAUUCAGAACUGUCGGAAGUGGGAUACAGAAAUCAAACUGCAGCUCUUGACCUGUAGUGGAAUAUGCAGAGAUCUGGCACGAACAGAAGAUGAUGACAGAACACCCAUACAUCUAACCAAACACCUCUACAAAGUGGAAAAGCCUUUCAGAGAACCUGUUAUAAGGUCUUCGAUUGAAGAGCUUCUUGAUGUGUAUCACAAGCAAGUUAACAUAGCUCUUAAAAAUGAGAACCAGCAUAAAGCAGUAGAUCAUGUAAUUAAGACUGUCAGAAAAAUCUGUUCUACAUUGGAUUGUGUAGAGACUCCUGCAAUAACAGAAUCGGUAAAGAAGCUAAGGAGGGCUGUUAAUCUUCCAAGGACUAAAAAUGCUGAGGUAUCCUUAAAAUGUGGUGAUGGCGCUAGCAUGAGCUUAUCUGGUUCACUGCAGCCUGAAAACCCUCUGAAAGUGUGUGUAGACCGGUUAACAAGAGCAGUUGAGGCCCUUGUGCAACUCCAUAUGAAUUCAUGUAGCAGUUCUGCAGCAAUUUCUCCAAAAGACAGUAAGAGUACUAAGGAAGCAUGGACUGCCACAGAGCAUCUCCAGUUCACAAUAUUUGCUGCACAUGGAAUUCCUCCUGGUUGGGUUUCAAAUUAUGAAAAAUACUACUUGAUUUGUUCUCUGACCCAUAAUGGAAAAGAUCUGUUUAAACCUGUUCAAUCCAAGAAGGUUGGCACAUACAAGAACUUCUUCUACUUGAUUAAAUGGGAUGAACUAAUAAUUUUCCCUAUCCAGAUUUCACAGCUGCCUUUGGAAUCAGUCUUAUGUCUGACUUUGUUCGGAAUCCUAAAUCAGAGUAGUGGAAGCUCUCCUGACUCAAAUAAGCAGAGAAAGGGCCCAGAAAUUUUGGGUCAGGUUUCUCUACCUCUUUUUGAUUUUAGGCGAUUGUUAACUUGUGGGACAAAGCUCUUGCAACUCUGGACCUCAUCACAUCCACAUCAUGCGUCAGGGAUGGCCAGUAAGAAAGGAAAUAUGGAAAGAAUAGUAUUGCAGAUUGACUUCCCAUCCCACGCCUUUGAUAUUGAAUAUAAAAUUCCUCAAGCUGCAAAGACUACUGUGCAUCAUUCUAUAGAAACAUUAGAAAAACCAUUGAGAGAACGUCUCCUUGCCAUUCUCUCAAAGGAUAACACUAUUGGGAUAUCAAAAGAAGACAAAGAAUUUUUGUGGGAGAAGAGACAUUAUUGUCAUAGCCACACUAGUAGCCUACCAAAAAUAUUGGUUAGUGCCCCUCAUUGGGACUGGGCAAAUCUUCCAGAAAUAUAUUCGUUACUUCAGCAGUGGCCUCCUUUAUCACCCUUAGCUGCGCUGGAACUACUUGAUUCAAAGUUUGCUGAUCAGGAAGUAAGAAAUAGAGCUGUCAAUUGGAUAGAGACAUUAAGUGAUGAUGAGUUAACAGAUUUCCUCCCUCAGUUUGUGCAGGCAUUGAAGUAUGAAACUUACCUUGACAGUGCUCUUGUCAAAUUUCUUUUGGCUCGGGCACUGGGAAGCAUUCGAAUAGCACACUACCUAUAUUGGCUGCUUAAGGAUACACUAUAUGAUACAAAGUUUGGUGUAAGGUAUGAGCAAAUUCUUGGAGCUUUUCUUUCUGUCUGUGGAAAAAGGCUGAGGGAAGAGCUGGAGAAGCAGACCAGACUAGUGCAGCUUUUUGGAAUGGUAGCAGAAAGAGUAAAGCAAACAAGUGGAUCUGCUCGGCAGGCUGCCUUGCAAAAUGGGAUGGAACGUGUGCAGUUAUUUUUCUUGAAGAACAAAUGCCGUUUGCCUCUCAAUCCCAGUCUUGUGGCAAAAGAGCUAAAUAUUAAGGCGUGUUCUUUCUUCAGCUCCAAUGCAGUACCACUGAAAGUUGCACUGAUAAAUGCAGACCCUCUGGGAGAAGAAAUUAAUGUGAUGUUUAAGGUUGGAGAAGAUUUGAGACAAGAUAUGUUGGCUUUACAAAUGAUUAAGAUUAUGGAUAAGAUCUGGCUGCAGGAGGGACUGGAUCUACGGAUGGUUAUCUUCAAGUGUCUCUCAACUGGAAAAGACAGAGGCAUGGUAGAGCUUGUUCCUGCUUCAGAUACACUUAGGAAAAUUCAAGUGGAAUAUGGAGUGACAGGUUCUUUUAAAGACAAACCUCUGGCAGAAUGGCUGAGAAAGUAUAAUCCUACAGAGGAGGAAUAUGAAAAGGCUUCAGAGAACUUCAUUUACUCAUGUGCAGGAUGCUGUGUAGCUACUUACGUAUUGGGAAUUUGUGACCGCCACAACGAUAACAUAAUGCUCCGGAACACAGGACAUAUGUUUCACAUUGACUUUGGAAAAUUUCUGGGUCAUGCGCAAAUGUUUGGCAGCUUUAAAAGGGAUCGAGCUCCUUUUGUGCUAACAUCAGAUAUGGCUUAUGUCAUUAAUGGUGGUGAAAAACCCACUAUUCGCUUUCAGUUGUUCGUGGAUCUCUGUUGUCAAGCUUACAAUCUGAUAAGAAAACAUGCAAACCUCUUUCUUAACCUACUUUCAUUGAUGCUUUCUUCUGGCUUACCAGAACUAAGUGGGGUUCAGGACUUGAAGUAUGUCCAGGAUGCUCUCCAGCCCCAAACAACAGAUGCCGAAGCCACCAUUUUCUUUACAAGGUUGAUUGAAUCCAGUCUGGGAAGUGUUGCCACAAAGUUUAAUUUCUUCAUUCACAAUUUAGCUCAGCUGCGUUUCUCAGGUCUACCUUCUAAUGAUGAACCCAUCCUCUCAUUCUCUGCUAAAACAUAUUCACUUAAACAGGAUGGCCGAAUCAAACACGUGUCUGUGUUUACAUAUCAGAAGAGAUAUAACCCAGAUAAACAUUAUAUCUACGUAGUGAGAGUUUUGAGAGAAGGGCAAGCUGAGCCAACAUUUGUCUUCCGAACAUUUGAUGAGUUCCAAGAGCUCCACAACAAACUUGGCAUUCUCUUUCCUCUUUGGAAGUUACCAGGCUUUCCUAAUAAGAUGGUUCUGGGAAGAACACACAUAAAAGAUGUAGCAGCUAAAAGAAAAGUGGAGCUCAACAGCUACAUACAGAGUCUGAUGAACAGUUCUUCAGAGGUGGCAGAAUGUGACCUUGUUUAUACUUUUUUCCAUCCAUUACUUCGUGAUGACAAAGUGGAAGGAAUAGAUGGAAUAGCCAGACCUACAGAUGCAGGUCCAUCAAGUCCUACCUCAGGCAAAGUGGGAGGAGAAGUGAAGUUAUCCAUAUCAUAUAGAAAUAGCACACUCUUUAUCAUGGUGAUGCACAUUAAAGACCUGGUUACAGAAGAUGGUGCAGAUCCAAAUCCUUAUGUAAAAACAUACUUACUUCCAGAUACACACAAAACAUCCAAACGCAAAACCAAAAUCUCCCGGAAGACAAGAAAUCCAACUUUCAAUGAAAUGCUUGUGUACAGUGGAUAUAGCAUGGAGACGCUGAAACAGAGGGAACUUCAGUUAAGUGUGCUCAGUGCAGAAUCGUUACGUGAGAACUUUUUCCUGGGUGGGAUAACACUCUCACUAAAGGAUUUCAACUUGAGCAAGGAGACUGUUAACUGGUAUCGACUAACUGCUGUACCCUAUCUGUGAACUCAUUUCUACACCUGAGUAAGACCAGAACAACGGUAUUCACUUGUGCUUUUUGCAUCUUCCUACUUGAAGAGAACUUGCACAUCUUAAAACAAGAGACUCUGUGUUUCAACAGAUAUGUUGGACCAAUGUUCAUGUAGCCUAAUCUGGAGGAUUUCUAGAAAACCUGUUUUAUGCUUAUGCAAUGUUUAAGCAUCAUUUAAGUGUUUGAACUGUGGGUAAAGGAAGGGGUUUUUAAACCAUCCGUGAAAGUGAGAUGAACAGUUUGACCAUGCUGGUUGGUUAAACCAUAACUUAAUCAUUAGGCCUGUGGAUAUAGUGCAUUUUUGCUUUUAAUUUUUAACUGUGGUGUCAUCCAUGGCACAAUGCGGGAGAACAUCAAAGAAAUGCCGUAUUUUUAGGCUUACAUUCCCACUACUAACUAGACAUCACAGAAGCAGUGACAGGUAAAAUUUUGGUGGCUUCACACACCUGUAGACAUGAAGGUUGAAGGGCUGGAAAAAUUCUGUAGCAUUGCAGUUAAUCCCAAAUUCAUGCUUCUAAUACUUAUUGGAGUGAAUGCCAAUAAUGGAAGUUGUAAAUAAUGGUGCCUUAUAAUUCAAAUGCUUCUCUUUUACCUCAUUUCUGGUAUUUAAGUAUGUAUACAAUAACUUUCAGCUCCUUAAAUAGGGGGAACGUUCUUGUAUUUGAUAACUUGCAGGUCCUACUGGAAGUCUUUUCCUGAGAUGUGCUCUUCACAAAUAACAUCACUUACACUGAUCGUCACAGUUAGUGCAACUUUUCUAAUUUUUUUUUCUACCCGUCUUCCACCCAUGAGCUCCAAAAACUAAAGGAAGGCUGGCUGAAUGUGGUGCCGUAGGAAAUGUGCCCAGCUGCUCAGUGUUUUGAAAUGUCUUAAUUUCUAGAACUUAUAAAUACUGCAGUGAUAAAAUGUGGAACUGAUUCAAACACUGUCCAAGUUUUUUUUUUUAACAGUUCACAGCAGUGUUCUUUCUCAAUCCCAGAAAGAAUUAAGUCCACUAAAAAUACUUAAUUCCAAGGAACAUUAGAAUGGAACUGUAUUGUGAAAGUGGAGUACAUAUGUGACUUAUUAUCUUCCAUUAAUACCACUAGUUACUUAAUUAGGUGUUUCUGCACUACAGGUGUAGCCUUUUUCUUCACCUUACUGGGUGCUUAGGUUGGUCGUGUUCUGUCUAAACAAAGCUAUAGGUUAAAGUUGCACUUUUCUUUAGAACUAAAUCUCGAAGCAAGACAGACUAUCACCACUGACUAUGACUAGAGUAAAAUUUUGAAGUACAAUAUGCAACUAUGAACAUAACAUAAUACAGAGAAAGCCUUCUAUCUACCCAACACUAAAAACCUAUUUCAUAAUCUGAUUUUUUCCUUCCCCUCCUACUGACCAAUCUCCCUUCACUACAGAAGAGAGAAGUAAACUUGAAUCUCCUGGUGCCUAAAAUAUAUGGUCCAAUUUCAUAUAAUUAUUACAAAUAAAAAGCUAAGAAUAUCUUGAAUGUUAGAAACUGGGUUGAUACUAAUGGGCACUAACAAAUCCCAAAUCCCAGUUUUAUUAGGCAUCUUCUUUGUAUUUUUAAUCUAGUAUAUAGCCUGUAAAUAAUAAACUAUAACUAACUUAGGUAUAUUUCCUGCUCACUUGAUGCUUUUGAGACUUACUCCAUUCCAUCACUAGAAUCACAAGUCACUUAAACACAGGAAAGUAGACUACUGUUUUUGUGAAACGUUCCGUUGUGAAAUAAAAUGAAAGCAAUAUGUACUGCCUUUUUUGCAGUUUGCUAUUAAAGCACAGUGUCUUACAGCACAAAAUACAAAUAAACUAAAAUCAUUUAAGAAAUGAUUUGCAGUUUUAACAGUUGUCUGGACUGGGAAAAAAAUGUAUAGUACUGUAUUAUUCUUAGCACUCGUCCUGACUUCUGAUUUAAUCUUCUUCAUAGCUUAACUCAUUUUGUGCCUUUCCCUUACUCUUCGAAAUAUUCACUGGCUGAAGCUUUUUAUGGCCAUGGUUUUUAUUUUGUCUAUGGGAUCUGGCCUUGGCCGCUCCUCAUAUGUAGAGGAACAGCACGAAGCUUGCACCUCUUUGCACUAUUCUCAAUUAAGAAAAGAGUAAUUCUUGCAAUAAGACUUUAAAGUACUACAUUUAAAAAAAAAAAAAGUGAAAGAGGAAAAUACUCAGUUGAGGUGAAAUUUACCAGUACACAAAGUAGCUUGAAAAUGUACUUUUAACAGCUUUUUAUAUCUUGUCUGAUGAAAAGAAAACAAACCUUUUAUGCAACAUGUGACCUACAGCCAGAAAUGCAGUUGUCUGUACAGACCUUGUAACAGCUUGGGGCGAGACCUCUUCCUUUUCUCUGUUAACAUAGAACUUUGCACUGAAAUUUUUAUUACUGCCUUUUUACGAUCUACAGCCGCCCGUCUCUGGAAGCAUGUGCGAUCUUUUAUCAAAGUUCUGUGUUCUAUUUUUACAACUAGGGUCGUGUAGAAGAACCUCACGCAGCCCCCACCCGCGCCCGCCUCCCCCGCGGUGCCCCUGCGGCAGGCCCCCCCCCCACCGCCCACCCUGUGACCAGGGCAGCGCUGCGCGCCACGGCCUCCCCCCGCCCCGUAUCUGUAACAACCAAAUGCUUUCAUUAAACGAGCUCGUUAAUAAAGAUGUAUAGUGUCGCCCUCGGCCGCGCCCGUACCCAGCGGGUUAAAUGUGACCCCGUAACUGUCCUGUGAGUACAUUAAACGCUAUUCUGGAUAAACCAAAACGCAA